GUGAUGGAAAACACCCGCUGCUUUGCCAACCGCUUCUCCGACUACAGAGGUGCGCUGCUCCCGGGCCAGGGCGCUCAGGCCGUCGUGCCCGCCGUCGUCGCCACCGUCGAUAAAGUCCUGAAAAAGGUUCCCAUCGACAUCAGCGACUGCGACGGAGGGCUGUACGAUGGCCCGGCCGGGGUGGCGUACAUGCUGUACCACGUCAGCGAGUGUCCGCUGUUCUCCGAGCACCGGGACGUCUACCUGAAGACGGCCAAGCAGAUCAUCGACGUGUCGGUCAGAUACGUGGAUGCGGAGCCGGACAAGAACAUGCGAGCCGCCUUCCUGCUCGGCGGGGCCGGCGUCUACGCGGUGGCCUCGAUGAUAUACAAAUCCCUGGGCCUGGCUGAUUUCGUUAAGCCGCUGACUAAAUUUCGUAACCUGUGGGAGGUGUGCGCGCCCAUCAAUUUCCUAGAGUGCGGCUCGGAUGAGCUGUUCGUGGGGCGGGCGGGCUAUCUGUGCGCCGCCCUGGUCCUCAGACAGAAGCUGGGCAUAGAGAUUCUCAGCAAGGAUCAAAUCAAAUCAAUUUGUCAGGCCAUCAUCGAGUCAGGAAGACAGUAUGCCAGGAGGAAGAGGAAGCCUUUCCCCCUCAUGUACUCAUACUACGGGACUGAGUAUCUGGGUGCAGCUCACGGCCUGUCGUCGGUGCUGCAGAUGCUGCUGAGCUACCAGGACAUGCUCAGUGGUGCAGAGAAGGACUUGGUGUGGCAGAGCGUCGACUUUCUCAUGAACCAGGAGCAGAACUGUAACUGGCCCGCGGAGCUGGGCGCCAUCAUUGAGAGAGAGAACGAACUGGUUCACUGGUGCCACGGAGCCCCAGGUGUGGCGUACCUGUUUGCUAAAGCCUACCUGAUCAAUAAGAAACCUCAGUAUCUGGACACGUGCAUCCGCAGUGGGGAGCUCGUUUGGCAGAAAGGUCUGCUGAAGAAGGGACCCGGGAUUUGUCAUGGAGUUGCCGGCAGCGCUUACGUCUUUCUCCUGCUUUAUCGGCUCACAGGCAACUCAAAAUACAUCUACCGUGCUCAGAGGUUUGCAGAGUUCCUCUUCACUGAGGAGUUUAAGACAGGCUCCUGCUCGGUGACCAGUGUCUGCAGUCUGUUUGAAGGCCUGUCGGGGACUGUUUGUUUCCUGGUCGACCUCCUGCAGCCGGACCAGUCAGAGUUCCCUCUGUUUAGUGUCUUUGUGUGA